AUCGCGUGGUCGUUCACCGACUAGAUGGACUGAUCAAGUGAAAGACGCGUCGUCAUCCAAGUUCUACACAGUAGUAAGGGAAGCGCUGGACAGGAACCGGUGGAGGCAGAUCAUACGCUCCAGGUGCAACCCUGAUGCUGACCACGAUCCUCAGAUAUGAGGGACCGACCAAGAGAGAGAGAUAUUAUUAGUCAUUGAAUAUUAUCUAUAAGCACGGUAUAAGAAAACUACAACAAGAUGCGAACCCUGCUGGUGGCGUGUCUGGUAGCGCUGUUCUGCGGAGCCCUGGCCAAGAGCAAGAAACCUGAUGACAAUAAAGUGAAGAUCGCAGUUUACUACGAGUCGCUUUGUCCUGACAGCAAGAAGUUCAUCACAACACAGCUGGCGCCAGUCUGGAGAGACUUCAGGGGAGUCGUCAAGGUCAAACUGGUGCCCUAUGGGAAGAGCACGCAUGACAAGGUCAACGGCAAAUGGCAGUUCAUCUGUCAUCAUGGUCCUGAUGAAUGUUACGGGAACAAGAUCCAGGCGUGCAUCCUGAAGGACCGCAGCUUGCAGGACACGGACAAGAUGGAGCUGGUCAUCUGUCUGAUGGAGCAGGCGAACCCUGACAAGUCGCUCGACACGUGCCUGGCGAAGGUCGGCAAGCAAUCAGAAUCGGACAAGCUAAAGCGGUGCGCAGGCGGCGAGCAGGGAGACAGUCUGCUGGCCUCGUAUGGAGACAAGAGCGACGCCGUGCUCAAACCACUGACCUUUGUGCCUACAGUCGUCAUCAACGAGAAAUUCAACCAGGCAACACAAGACGAAGCUUAUGCUGAUUUGAAGAAGGUCGUAUGUCGCGUUGCUCCCACCAAACCUUCAGUCUGCACAUAAUUUAGUAGGAAUACCUAUUUUAAGUUAAAACUAUGUCCGAAAACAGCUACUCAAAUAUCUUAAAAGACAAUUUUAGUAGAAAUUAUAAAUUAAUUUAGCAAAAAUUUGCAGAAAAUUCCUGUCCUUCUAAGAAAUUUUUGCACUCUGGCAACAUUUUUAGUCUUUGUCUUGUCAUAAUCACUAAAUCCCCAAAAAGUAAACUUAAGCAAUAAUAAAAAGAUUUUUAAUUAAGUACAAUUCUUAAAAAAAUGUUCGGAGUAAGGAUAAAUUAGUGAUAAGUGAUUAAUUUUGUAAUAUUUUUAAUUAAAAUUACAAUAAGUGACUUCUAA